UCUCUCUCUCUCUCUGUGUCUCUCUCUCUCUUUCUCUGUUAGCAACGCGCACAAUGCCAGGAAAAGGAGCUCGCGUGGACUGAUGACACUCAGCCACAGUGCUGAGGCGCGCUUGCCUCUCUUCUGCACCAUAUUCCCCCUCUUGUGGAGUUUAAACCAUCCGCUCAUUAGCAGAACAGAGGGAUGGGAAAAUAUUUUCUUACAAUACAUAUUUGAAUGAAGAAAUACAAUGACUAGAGUUUCAGAAUUAACGCGCAGCGUUUAGAGGAAUCCGGGGGAUUUUUCUCUGAAGCGCGCGCAGGAUCUGGGGAAAAAGCGCAAGGUACGAGAGAGGAACAUUUCUGGAAGUUUGUGCUAAAGGGAUUUAGAUUUUUCACGAUGCUGAGUAACUCCGCGGCUGUGUGGCUCAGCGUGCUGGCUCUGGUGGGGCUCACAACUGCGCAGAAUGACACAGAGCCCAUUGUGUUGGAGGGGAAAUGCCUGGUGGUGUGCGACUCGAACCCGGCUUCCGACGCCAGAGGCUCCUCGUCUCCGCUCGGCAUCUCAGUGCGCGCGGCCAACUCCAAGGUAGCCUUUUCAGCCGUGAGGAGCAACAACCACGAGCCCUCAGAGAUGAGCAACAAAACGCGGAUCAUCUACUUCGACCAAGUUCUUGUCAACAUAGGAAACUAUUUCACAUUGGACUCUGUAUUUCUGUCUCCACGCAAAGGCAUCUACAGCUUCAACUUCCAUGUUAUUAAAGUAUAUCAGAGCCAAACCAUACAGGUCAACUUGAUGUUAAAUGGAAAGCCGGUCAUCUCUGCCUUUGCAGGUGACAAGGACGUGACACGAGAGGCUGCUACCAAUGGUGUUCUCCUCUACCUGGACAAGGAGGACAAGGUUUACCUGAAACUAGAGAAGGGAAAUCUAGUAGGUGGAUGGCAGUAUUCCACCUUCUCUGGAUUUCUCGUAUUUCCUCUGUGAAAAAGCGGGCAUGACUGCCAGCUUUUUUGUGUCGCCAACAACGUAUCACCGUCGUUUAUCUGAUCUGUCAGCAUUAACAGGAAACGCCUGGACCGGAGGCGAUCCUCCAAAUGUUCAUUCAUUCACUGUUUUCGCAAAGUGUGAAAAGGACUGUUGGAGACAUCUGGUUGUGGCAUGUGUGUUCCUGUUUUCACAAUGCAAAGACACAUCUAGGGACCUGCUGCGAAUCUUUGUUGCCUUCAUACUGUAUAUUUAACAAAUUCAACUGAAGUAUUUAGUCUCUUUCAAAGCUGUGGAUUUUUCUUACCAUACGUCAAAUAUUAGUCCCUUUUCUGAUGUCUGUAGGGUAAGUUUGUGUCAUUCGUAUCUGAUCAUACAUUAAGUGUUUGAUAUGAUAGCACUUCUUUUCUUUGGACAAUUCGAGGGGCACAAAAAUGACCUUUUAGUGCUUACACAUCAUAGGAGCUCAAGAAUAAAUUAAUAAUAAUGUAUGCCUAUACUCAACCUCAGCCCAAUAAAUAUGGGGUCACUGAAGUGGAAUUAUUGAAGAUUUCUUUUCCUGAAAAAA